UGUAGACAGGCUCGGAGUGCGAUGGCGAAGCUGCUCGCAACGUUCAAAGCCACGCUGACGAGGAUUCUGUUUGCCGCCCACGGGUUCAUUGCGAUCUGGCAGGUGACGCAGAACAAGAAGGAACCCAUCUACUGGUGUCUGUGCGCCCCGAUCGGGGUGCUCUUUAUCGAGGGCAUCUUUACGCUGGCGAUCAAGAAGAACCAAGAAUGGCGCUGGUUCUGCCCAUCGGUGUUCCUCUACCUUUCCAGCAUCGUGCCCGCCAUCUGGCUGCUCGAGCUGGACAAGCUGGACAAGCGCACCCGCUACCAGGACCGGAUGCUGAACGAAACGAUCAAUUUGGCGGCGACGGUCGGCAAGGAUCUGAAGGAUCUGAACAAGAUGCUGGGCGUGAAGAUCCAGCUGCCCGACAUUCAGCUCACCGCCGAGAUGUGGGUGACGCUGAUCGAGCAGUUCCUGAUGCUGGUGCUCAUCAUCGGCCGGUGGAUGCUGCCGAAGGGCGACCUUACCCGCGACCAGCUCAGCCAGCUGCUGCUCGUGUACAUCGGGACGGCGGCGGACAUUAUCGAGUUUUUCGACUCGUUCAAGGACGCGAAGAUAGCGAACGAGCCGGUGCUGGUGCUGCUGACGCUCAGCAUCUGGUCCUGGUCGCUGCUCCAGUUCACGAUCGUACUGUCCGCGACGAGGGCGCGCAAACCGCGCGGCGGUGGGGCCCAGCUGCGCGAUGGCCAGGCCGACGAUGCGAGCUGCUGCAAUGUGGCGUGCUGUAACAUCGAUGUGUGGGGCAUCGCGCUGAACAUACUGCUGCAGGACGCACCGUUCCUAACCUUUCGGCUGCUCAUCAUCGUGCACUACAAAAUCAUCACCUACAUGAACAUCUUCUUCACCUGCAAAAAUACGCUCGUGAUACUGCUCCAGCUUUACCGGCUGUACGUGGUAAACUCGGAAAAUCGGAAAGCGGCCGCCACCAAGCGGCGCCUGAAGAUGCGCAGCAAGGCAGAACAAUCAGCAAGCCGGCAGCAGCAGCAGCAGCAGCAGAAGCAGCGAAAAAUCAGCAAAAGAAAAGUAGCCGACAUUGCAGACGACGAACCGGACCAGCUGGACGCUGGAAGAAAGUCAAAGUCACAUUCGCGGAAAAGUCGGUCGUCCUCGUCCCGCAAGGACACUGGCUACUCGACGGCCAGCAGUCAGACGACGGCCGAGCAGCGGCGCCUGCGGAAGUCGACGGCGAAGCCGCGGCCCGGUACUGAGUCGGAUGGGGACGAUCCAUUGCCACCACCGAUCUACAGUGACGAGGAUGAUGGUGGUGGUGGUGAUGAUCGCAACCAAUCGGAUGGCGAGCGUGUUGGACGCCGGUCAAAGGAUGGCAAGGACAGAAAGUCUAGCUCGCGCCACACGGACGGCAACAAAACGGGCGGCGGCAGCAGCAGCCGAAGAAAGCAGCGAACCUCACUUGAUAGUGAUCGUAGCGAGGAUGGUGCAGACACGAGACAGCAGCGCAAAAGCCGUAAAGGAGCUGACGGUGCCGGCGGUAGUUUCGAGAUAAUACACGAAAAAUCGUCCACCGGACAGAAGAAGCAGCAGCAGAAGAAGAAGAACAACAAAUCCAAACGGCCGGCGUCGGAUGAGCUGUCCUCAUCGUCCGGUGCUACGACGAGUGGGUCCAGCUCCGGAUCGGAAUAAAUGUACACACACACACACACUACCGGUGUGCGGUUGGUUGGAAAAUUUGACUACGCGGGGAGAGAUCCUUCGCGGUAUUGGGUGCUUUGUGGGCCUUGUGGGCCCGGACCGUGCCGGGAAGCGUAAAUAUUUGUUCGGCUGUUCAGGAAAGGAAAGCUACAAAUGCAUACCACCGUGCU